CCGUAUAAACAACAUGGCGUCUCCCUGUAAGGUGUCAUGCCGAGCAGAUAUCAGAGUUGAGUUCAAGCAAAGUUGACUCUUUCGGUGAUUACAGUUUGUCCGGGCGGGCUGUGCGUCUUAUUUUAUCCGCAGACACGUUGUUGGAUGAGGAACAGCUCAUGUUGGCAUCAGUGGCAGUCAGGAUGGCAGCAUCUUCCAGAGGGAAGGUCAGGUCGCUGGUCUCUCUGAGCAGGACGCUGUCCACCAACAAGCCCGGUUCCACGGCUGGAGGUUACCCUCAUCCGGCUGAAGCCCCUGCUUCUUCCCCGAACAGCGAGCCAGCCGCGGCGCCUCAGUGGAGACCCAAAAAAGACCCCAGCGGCUGCUCCGUGCUCCUCUUCCCCGGUCAGGGCAGCCAGUUUGUGGGCAUGGGCAGAGGACUUUUGAAAUACCCCAACGUUAAAGAAAUGUUCACUGUAGCCCAGAAGAUCCUGGGUUACGACCUGCUGUCUCUGUGUCUGGAGGGCCCCGAGGACGAGCUGCAGAAAACGGUUCACUGUCAGCCGGCGGUGUUUGUCACCUCCCUGGCUGCUGUGGAGAGACUCAACCAAGAAAACCCCAAAGCCAUUGAGAUGUGUGUCGCUGCUGCAGGUUUCAGUGUCGGAGAAUUUGCUGCUCUUGUCUUUUCUGGGGCGAUGAACUUUGCAGAAGCUUUGUAUGCAGUGAAGGUGCGUGCGGAGACUAUGCAGAAGGCCUCAGAACUGGUUCCCAGUGGGAUGCUGUCAGUCAUUGGUAGACCUCAGGCUCAGUAUAAUUAUGCCUGUCUGCAGGCAAAAGAGCACUGCAAGAGUCUGGGGAUGGAGAAUCCUGUGUGCUCUGUGGCCAACUACCUGUUUCCAGAUGGCAGGGUUAUUGCAGGGCACCAGCAGGCUCUGGAUUUCCUCCAGGAAAACUCUCGGCGCCUGAAGUUCAUGCGGACCAAAACUCUCCCAGUCAGUGGGGCGUUCCAUACUGAGCUGAUGGCAUCGGCUACUGAACCCCUCAGAGAGGUGCUCCGGCAGGUGGAGGUGCGACGUCCUGAGAUCAGCGUCUACUCCAACGUAGAUGGAAAACGUUACAUGAACGAGAGCCACGUGCGCAGGCAGCUGGUUAAGCAGCUGGUGUCACCCGUGAAAUGGGAGCAGACCCUGCACGAGAUCUACGAGAGGACGCAAGGACAGCAUUUCCCACACACCUACGAGGUCGGACCCGGAAGGCAGCUGGGCGCCACACUUCAGAAGUGCAACAGGAAGGCAUACCAAACGUACGCCCACGUGGAAGUCACCACAUAUGAAGACUGAUAAAGCUCCCGUGAUUGCUUCUUGUCUUUAUACAAGUGUGUAAUUAAAGAUUUUUGUAAUUUUUUUUAAAAUUUACAAUGUUGUCACAUUUUUGUCAUUAAGAAGUUUAUUUGGCGUCACAUGAAAAAGCAGUUUCAAAUCUUGAACAGAAAGUCCAGCUCCCUUCAUUGUACACUAAGCAAUGCUACAUAUCAUUUGAAAAAAUUUUGGCCUCUUAAACCAGUAAGAAACAAAUCUGGAUACAAAAGACUGCAAGCCAGCAACAGUCCAGUCAACAUGUUUUCUGACAUGAAUCAACAUGCCACUGCUACAAUAAACUGGCCAACUCCUUAGGCAAGGCUAGAUUUCCUUUAAACAAUUUACU